AUGAAAGUCUCAACUAUUCUCGCUUUCUCUCUCUUUAAUCUCUUUACCGCAGCAGCAGAGAUCCACAGUACACCUAUCGAGCAAACUCUCCAAGAUCUUGAGCGAGGCGCAAAGACAUGGGAUCUCAUUGCACAAGCCGGUUUUUCUGCUCAAGACGUUGCAAAGGACGCAAAGUCUGUGGUUAACCACGCUAUUGGCCAAAUUCGUGCAGCUGUAGAAGAAUCAGCAGAAGCUGUGUACUUCGCAAACAGUUUUUUGGAGAUGGAUGAACAAUCCCUUAAACAUGCAAAGACUAAUCUCGGCUGGGCCUCAGAGGCAAACAUGAAGAAGCUAUUGGAGGUUCUAUCUCGGGCUCCUAGUGGCUACUCGGAUUCCGUGGAGCCCCACGACGAAGCUCUCUACAGAGCCAUAGACAAAAAGCAGCUUUAUAGAGAUGCCAUUAACAUCUACAUCAUGGCUACUAAAGUGGUCCUUGUUGUCGGCGCCUCUGUCAAGAUGGGUGUUUCAGCAAUUCUUGGAGCCUUGAAAACAGGUCGCAAGGUACUGGUUGUCGUCCGCAGCGCAUCUGCUAUGGAGAGGACUUGA